AUGGAAAUAAUGGAACACAAGGAUAAGAACGGCCUUACCCCCAUGAAGCUUCUCAUAAAACACUUCCCAGAGAGUGCACAGCUGGUCAUGGAUUACUGCAUUGAUCGAUCAGAGAUAGAAAGUUCCAGUGAUCCAAAUUUUACCAUUACUUGCAACCUCCGUUUCCUAGACCCCGGACCUACUAACACUAUUUGCCAGAGAGGAAGCCAUUUCUUUGGACCGAGCACCAUGGUGAAACACGAACGUAAAGAAUUACUCGAGCAUCCUUUGACACAGGUCUUGCUGAAUAAGAAGUGGUCUUCUUUCGGGCGCUUGGUGUUCUACUUUAACUUUAUGUUCUAUUUUGUCUUUGUUGUCAUGUUUACAGCUUUCUUAAUCCGAUUCAUGCAGAACGGUGAUACAGGAUUGGGAGAUUCUUUUAUGUAUCCAAUAGUAUUUUUACUUUUUGGCGUCCGAUUCAUUAAGGAAGUUAUUGCAAUAGUUGUCCAGAGGCUUCAUUAUUUCACCACUUUAAGUAAUCUCACUGAAUGGAUACUCUACAGUACGACGGGUUUCUUCAUGUUUUCACUUUUCGCUUUCGAUUUGACAAUUCCGUUUGACGGCCCUGAGAAGCGUCAUAAUCGUUAUCCACAAUUAAUCUGGGUAUUUGGUGCCAUUUCGAUUUUCCUUUGCUAUGCGAACCUAGUCUUGGUUCUUUGUCGGUUGAGUCUGGUUGGAAUCUAUGUCACCAUGUUUAUAGAUGUCACUAAGUCGGUUUUAAAAGUACUUCUGAUCUUCUUUGUCUUGUUCUUUGGGUUCUCCAUGGUGUUCUCCGUCCUCUUUAAAUCAGAGGUAAGAUGAAAUAAGAGAUAAGUGUGAAUGUUAGUAAAUUUGCUUCUGUUUGUGAUUUAUGUGAGUUUUUUCCCUUUUUUAUCAUGCUCGUAAUUUAAAACCCAAAGUAAAAAUAUUCCUCAUUCUGUACCUUUUUGCGCCGUUUAUUGACUCGCUCAAUAGCAACAAGCUUGACAGAUUUGGUUACAGUAAUUGAUUAAAAUGUCAUCGGAUUUUGGGCUCAUUAUGGGUGCAGCAAAUGCCUAAUCGUACCUUUUCAGUGCGCUUUGACGACAUAUAAAGCUCGCUCGGUCUUGUCAAGGGUAUCUUGGAAUCAUGACUCAACUAAAAUCGCCUCAUCUUCUAACGGAGCGCGCCAAAAAGGUACGAUUAAGGAUGACAUAACGUUAUAGUAAGCGAAAUAUGCAAUAAUGAUAAACAAUAAACAACUCCCAAGAUCUGAUUGUUAAUUCUCCCCUCUAGCUGCUACACAUUUCCUUUUAAAUUAGUUAAGAGAAUAUGGUGUUAGAUUAAGAAAAACAACUUUUGUGUGAUAAGUUUAUUCUCAUUACCUGUUUGCUAGACAGUUUAUGGAUAUUACACGGAGAAGUAACCUCUCCAUCACCUCUGGGAGUUAAAGGGCUAAAGCGCUGAGAAUCUCUCGUAUUUCCUCCACAGGAGGUGGUAUUUAAACAACCGGGAUUUUCUUUACUGAAGGUGGUAGUGAUGACAAUUGGAGAGGUUGACUUUGAAGACAGAUUCAUGCAUUCCCAGAAUAUCACAAACAAGCCGACAUCUUCUCAGACAGCUUCUUUCGUUUUCCUCGGCUUGUUCUUGAUUUUAAUGACAAUUGUACUGAUGAACCUGCUGGUAUGCUUUAAGAUAACAAACUUUUCUGUAACUUUUAAUAGUACUAGUUGGAUGCAUAAUCAACCAACGUUCUAUCACAAACGCAGUAGUCUUAUUGGCUUCACCACUCAUUAUCUAUUUGACAUAUGGAUCCCAUCUUAACAUGUGUCUAUUCGGUGUGAUAUAUUAACCAUUUAGCCCCUAAGAGUGACGAGCAUCUAAUUUCUCCUUACAAUAUCACCACUCAAUCACACAUUGAUGUCAUGAGAAUGAAGGAAAUAAUCAAUAACUAAAGAAACUCUUGAUUGUUAGACAAAUUCUCCUUGUCAGCACCUUAGUAAAUGUACAGAGAACAGUAUGGAGAUUACUAAUACUGAUGUCAGAGUGUUGAGGGUUAAGCUAAAUUAUGCGCGCAUUUUGUCUGCUUCUUACUUACGAUGUAUCGGUAGAUAGACAUCCAUAGAUCACAUCACCAUUGGCCUUUUUUUUCUUUAUCGCAUAAAACAAAAAGAUUCCAUGUAGGCAUGGGUAUGCUCAGGAACAGAUCACAAAAGACCUCAAAAUAAAGAAACAACGUCAGUGACACGCUCGGGUGCGCCUCAUGUGCCAUUUUUUGUCCUUACCACAUUUUGACCUGUUGUUCUGUUACUGAGCAGACGCUCGGCAACAUAGAAACUUUCUGUGGAAUACACCACAAAUAACGUCUAUUGUAGUUGAAACAAAAAAUUGGAGCACGGGACGCAACUGAGUAUUUCACCGACUCAAAAUUCGUAUUAUCAAGACGCUUCUGUGUAAGAAAUGAAACUUAGUGCUACAAUUUGCGGGACGUUGAUCACGGUUGCAUGUUUUACCUACAGGUGGGUCUUGCCGUGGGUGAUAUCGACGCAAUUCGCCGCAAUGCUGCGUUUAAAAGGAUGGCUAUGAAGGUCAUGUAUAUCGUUAGGGUCGAAAACAGCUUCCCGAGGUGCAUCUCGCGGCGUUUUCGCCAUCCAGAAGUAAGUUUGCGGCCAAAUCGUCGAACUCUGAGGAAAAGGUAUGCCGUGAUUGCCAUUCUGAUAAAAAAUCACACGUAAAUCUCAAAAAUGUCAGAAAAUUCUAAAAAGCAGCUUUACAACGACUCCAUCAAUGUCUACUUCUCUUUAAUAUCUUUACCAUUUAUUAUUCAGUCAACAGCUAACCAGAAAACUGAUCAGGUAGAAGUUGUCAUUUUGAUCUAACACUACAUUCUCGUCACUGAUUGACAAGGAAUUUUAUAGCAACUUGAGGGGAGAAGUAACAAUCACAUCUUGGGAGUCAAAUUAAGGGUUAAAAUGUUCACUUCACAAAAUUAUUUCUUUGUCUUCGAUAUUCAGGUUGAUGCUUCUUCUUGGAAUGGAGAUAUCCUCGGGCUUGGACUUUACCCCUCGCGCCAAAGAAGAACCGUUCUCCGGUGUAGUUUUAGAUUAUACUGAGAUUAAGAAAAAGCUUGACCUUACUGAGAAACGCGUCGAAACAUUGGUCGAUAUGAUGGAGGUGCAAAACGCUCUGCUCAGAGAAUUAGUAAAAAAGAUUGAUCCUGGGACCAAGAUGGACAAGAAGAGCACGGAAAUGGAAGGAUCGACUGUGGAACACGAGCAAGGGAGCACAUCAGCUUCAGGAGAGAAGUGGAUCCUUGACGACCAGCAGCCAUAUGAGAUUAAAACACAACCACACUUGUAUAAAUGUGGAAAGAUCACUUAUGUUUAG